AUGGCGCAGUUCUUCAACGAUGUCUCUGCUGCGGGCCACGCCUUUUGCCCCCUCUCCGCGCGCUCUGGUGACGGCCGCGCCGGGCCUGCCGAGGGCCUCCCGAGGCGCACGCACAGCAUGCAGCAGCACGUCUGGGCCUCCACGGCCGGGGCCGUCCACAGCUCCAUCGGGCCGCCGGCGCCGCCGGCGCGGGCGCAGCCGGCGGAGGGCGGGCCGCGGGCGGAGGAUUUUGCCCCGGGCGAGGAGCUGGAGGUGUGGAGCAACUCGCAGCAGAGGUGGGUGCCGGCCACCGUGGUGAAGGUCCUGACCGGCAGGGACGAGUCGGUGACCGUGAACUUCGAGUCGGAGCAGGGGGGC